AUGACAACCAGUUCGAUAGCUACAUCGGCAGAAUGCAAGUAUCAGCUUAUACAUCAAACUACACCCAUUCUCCGCCGCAGUUUCCAGUCUUUGGCAGAGCGGCUGGAGUCUGCCACCAAUGCCGAAGAUCCAAAGCCCGCUGUGACAAAUUUCUUCCCGCUUGUACCCGAUGUACAUCGUACGAAACAGAUGCGAUGCGUCUAUGGACGCCAAUUAUCCACCAACACCUCCGCCGGCGGAGUUUGCACUGAUGACGGAGAAGGCGUCAAACCGCUCACAAAUCAGACGGCGUGUAUUUUUGAAGUAUCCCUUGAGACGUGCUACAAACUAGUGGGUAUGAUAUCGGUCGCUCUGUUGAGUGGCAUCGAUGAUGCUGAGCAAGAUGCUUCGAUUCUUUGUAUGUCGCUUAAACCUACAGGCUUGACCGCCGCAUCCAUUGCUCAGGCAUACAAGAAAAGGGUCCAUGACUGGUUUCCAAUUGUCACAGAAGACCAAAUCAUCUCAUUUGCCACACCUUCUAUUUCAGGAAACUGCCAUGGCAGAGACGGCGUAUUGCUUCUCUGCAUGGCUCUAGUGUCACAGCAGCCGUGCGGGCACCCGGGUCAUGGUAUAUGUUGCAACUUAUAUAAGGCAGCAAAGCAGUCUUUUCUUCUCUUACAAACUUCUUCAGGAAAUAGUCUACAAACUCUCCAGAUUGGUCUCUUGCUCUCGCUGUUUGAGUACGGCCAUGGUCUCGAUGAAGAGUCCAAACUCUCGAUUGCAGCUUGUACAACCAUAUGCAGAUCGCACAAGUUCCUAUUAGAUGAUGGAAGCGAAGAUGGAGAGGAUUUGACUGUAGCUGCUAUAUGCAGGAGAGCAGUUGCGAUUAUGGACUGGUAA